AUGCCCGACACAAUCUUCCCAGAGAAACGAACUAGAUCCCAAAUCACACUACCUGAUGACAUUCUACAAGUAUCCCAACGUUCACCUUUGAAGGAUGCUCGGAGUGCUCUCAGAAAUUAUACUACACCGACAGAUACGCGUAUUCCGACCAAGGGACUAUCCGAUGAUGCAACGGACGACGAACUACUUCUGUCGCCGCGCAAGGAUGCUUCGAGCACACGCGUCCCUCACCGCUCCAAGCGUUCUGCUUCUCCUCCUCCAGAGAAUGGCCAAUCACCUCGCUCUUCCUUGGACGAGAGGGACUCCAAAAGGAUCAAGCGUGACACCAGUCCCGAGAGAAUCAACAUGGAGAACACAGACAAUAUUCCACUACACCGAAUCUUAACGCAUGUACGCAACCACUCAGAGCCCAACUAUACCAACCAUUCAUCUCGCAAAUUGUUCAAGACCGCAUCUAAUAAGCCGGCAUCCAGUGAUACACAUCCUUGCCCAUCCACACCAGGACCCUCUGGCAAAGAAAGAGCUCAAUCCGUGCCUCUUUUCUCUGCAUCAUACCCAAUACCUCAUAUCGACCUCAAGAAUCCGCCACCGUCACCCCAUCGAAUUCGCGCUCGCUCUCGUUCACCCUCAAAGGAAAGGGAGCCCAAACUCCGCAUCACCUCGCUUACCCUGCCACCUAUUCCAGAUGAAUCCUUGAAGGGCAUGGAAGUUGAUCUUCCCUCGGAAAUUGAGCAGCAGAGACAGCCUCAUUCGAUCACUGGCUCGGAGAGUACUCUUGUUAAUGAUGCCUUCCCUACGCCCGAUAUCGUUGCGAGCUCUGCAUCACCUGAAGCCGAGAUUAGUCGGCCAGAACCUCCAUCAACACCAGCUACUGGUCAAGGAUAUUUGCCUAUAGACCAUCUUUCACCAUUAACGCCCCUACCAGUAACACCGCACUCAUCGAUACUUGCGGCUGAUGCUGAAGAUAGUUUUAUGAGUCGCUCGGGUUGGGAUUACUUGUCAGGCGGAGAGGAGUCGGAGACAACGAAUUCUCUACCCCCAAAGACUCUCUUACCACUGGAAGCCACUUUAUCAGCUGCCCCCUCUCUAGUUGAAGGGGCUGCCCCCACUCGUCCCCCACAAUCCGGUAAUAUGGGCCCUCCUGCCCGCAUACCACCGAACAGAGAGAAUCGUAUAGCCGUCGGUGGGAACAGGACAGGAAAGGGCAAUGCCUUGCUUGAACUGAUGAAGGGACCCAAAGCAGCGGCUGGAUCAAGCAAGACAAGUUCUUUUGCGAAGAAGGAGAGCAAAAUGAAAGGCAAGGGAAAGCAAGAGGCGGAGAAGCCAAAAUCAAAUUUAAAGGCAAAAAUGCGGCCCAAGCCAAAGGUCCAACCGAAACCAGUACCGCAAUUUGUCCCUACUACUACUGAUGAAGAAGCUGGCGACACCGAACCUGACGAGACGUGGAAGUUUGAAGCGGAUUUGGCCAUUCUGAUGCCGCCAUUACCGAGACUGGCCUCACCAGCUAAGGCGCGUCUCGAAAAUGUUCCUGCGAACGAGUCUGAACCGGCUCCUGAGAACGUGGCUGAAUUGGUUCUUGAAGAUUCUGUACCCCUCGAUGACCGACCUCAGGCAGUCGUGAUUGAAAACGAUGUAGAAAGCACCACGCGUUCAGCUCCAGAACUUGCCGCUCAGAAGCCGUUGGCCGAACAAGCUGAUCCAGUAGAUGUAGCCCAGGAGAAGCCCACCUCACAUCCUAAAACUACCGCUCAGCCUCCUCCCAAACCAAGAAUAAGCAAAUUUCCGCUCGAGAAGAAGGUGGUGGCACCUGCGAUUCCCAGGGCUUCUCGGGUAACAAGGAGCGUGUCGUCAAAGCAGCAAGCAACAUCUUCGUCUAACUUGGUUCAGCAAAAGCUUUCUAUGGCACCCCCAUCCAGACCAGUGAAAAGAACUGCAUCUGGUGCUGUUAAACCUCUUCCCCCACCACAAGACUCUGCAGUCUCCUCUUCAAGCCUUUCCGAAGUCCCAACGGACCCCAUUAGUGAUUUCCAACUACCUCCGGGAUCACCAAUGAAGUUGUGUUCGCCAGGAAAAAGUAAACCCAAGGUCAUUGCGAGCUCCUCGACCCUCACACAGCCAACUCGAUCGAGCGCUGCCAAGAUGUCUCUGACCAAAACGCCAGGAAAGACCAGAACGUUUGUCAAGCCAGUUUCAACGCCUUCACCGACAAAACUUGCCAGGUCUGCAUCCAUGCUCUCAUAUCGACCAACAUCAGGGGGCGUGUCCCGUACAUAUUCAGUCAACUUGGAGCACAGUCGCACUGCUACAGGGGGUUCAUCAUUAUCCACACUAGCCAGUGCCCUCGAAAAGCUUCGUAUGCCACCACCUGCAAGGCCCAAUACGACUAUGGGGUUCAACAGAGAGAGCGAAAAUAAUUCUUUCGAUGGCAAGAUGAUGAGCAUGGAUGAUGGAGCUCUUGGCCGACCGUCGCUUGGAGUGGGAAGGCUAGAAAGUGGGGAACUCAAACGCUCUGCGACUGUGGGGUCAUUGAUGGCUGGCCCUUCGAAAAGGGCAGUUCCUCUCGCGGGCUUUUCAAAAGAUGACAAAGCUUCCAAGCCAGUGCAGAAGCCUCUGUCAGCGGCAGGAUUUGGGGCGCCGAGGCCACACCUUGGAGCUGGAGCCAUUUUGCGGGGAGGGAGGCAGGAUCCGUCCAACAAACCUCGCAUAUUUGGGUUUGGCGUAAGCGGCAGACGGGUUGUUCAAAAAGCGAGUCGGAAGACAAGUCUUCCCAGUGUCGUCGCUAGCCCCGUCAAAGGAGGAGACCAGGACCCCGAUGCCACCAUCCCCGACUAUUCCAUGCAUGACGUUAGUGAAUCAGCAGCAGAUUCCUUGGGUGAUGUCUUUAUGGCGCCAUCCUCCGAGCCAAAAAUCUCCUCCGACAAAGGGAAAGGCAAGGAGAAAGACUCCACUGGUGACUUGUGGCUAUCAAACGCUUCUCGAAGAGUUUCCAUCGCUUCACAAGCACUUUCCCAAUCUUUGAGCUCUCUGCCUCCACCGGGUUCAAUGGGCCCCCCAGCAACACCUCCUGGUCGAAGGGGUGGUGUCAGAAGCUCAAGCAGCAGUUACCCAUCGACUUCAGGGGCCUCCAGUGGUUCUCCAACCAACACAUCUGGGACAAGAUCAAGCGCCCGGAUUGCGAAAGCCGUCGCUAGCGGAGCCGGAAGGAAAGCGGCUAGUGAGUCGCCUGCUGGCGCAUCGACAAGUAGUGUACCGGAUUCGUUGAAGAUUUUGAAGGACUGCGUCAUCUUUGUGGAUGUUAGGACAGAUGAUGGUGAUGAGGCUGGGUCGUUAUUCGUCGAGAUGUUGGAAAGCGUCGGUGCCAAGACUCUGACGAGGGUAGGCCAGACAUGUACUCAUGUCGUUUUCAAAAACGGAUUGAUGAGCACAGUUACGCGCCACAGAUUGCUUCGUGAUCCUAAACCAUUAGUCGUGGGAAUCGCAUGGGUAGUUGAAUGCGUAGAGCAGCGUCAACGAGUUGACGAAACAAAGUUCCUUAUUGACCUUGAGGAGGUUAACCUACUUGCAGGAAACAAGCGCCGGCGUUCCAUGUUACCAAAGCCUAUCGUCCCAUAUGCAAUGAGUGAGGUGGGUGCUCCUGAUAUGGAGCGUGAUGGUGAUGGCGACCAGUCUAUGGAUGGUUCUACUUCUUCAAUAACAAUCGAUGACGAUCUCCCCCCUCUGGAAAGGGCUCGACGGCGCAAGAGUAUGCUUGUUGGUCCUCGACCUUGA